AUGGCUGAUAAGGCCAAUCUGCGGAGACGGCACCUGAUUCCCCCCUGUGCCCCCCAAACCGCCACGCUGUCAUCCACCCUCCAAACAGCUGUCAGGAACGUUCUUAGGAGGUCCCUCAACGCGCCGGAUCUCCAUGAGGACCCCCAGAAACCAGGCAUCCUGCACUUCAGAGUGGCAUCAAAAGAGAGCGGGGAGACGGAGAGCAGCCCUGCCCUGUACCACGCCUCUGGGUUUUUGGGGUGUGAGGAAUUCCAGAGAAAAACCUACAGCAGCGAGAGUCACACAGGGGCAGAAAAGCUGAUCCACGAGCUAGAGGAAGAGCGACGCCUGCGACUGGAGAGCGAGAAGCGUCUCCGGGAAGUGACGGAGGAGUCGGAGCUGGGACAGGCGCAGAUGGUUUCACUGCAGCAGCAAUUCUCCAGGCAGCUCCUAUCAAUCACCAAGAAAAUGGCGAGCGGCAUUCUGACCUGCGUCUGUUUCCGUCGCCUGGACCACAGCUGGUUCCUGACCUCCUGUCUCCCGCCACGGACCCCCGUCUGCACCCGGGGGGCAGCGGGAAAACAGGAGCCACAUGCGUUAGAAAGACAGAUAGAAAUCUCCGACAUCGUUCGUAUUGAACGCGACCACCUCAGAGACGAAGUCGUCCGACAGCGAGAUUUACUAAAGGAACACGGAGUGGUCGUCUCUCCGGAGCUCCCAAUCAAUGGGGGGACGGGACAGGAGGAUGAUGUCAUCGCAGAUUCUGCCUCCCGAUUGGCUGAGGAGCCGUCACAUGGCGGCAGAGAGAGCAUGCUGGGCAGAGAUCGAGAACCAGGAGAAAGAAACGACACAACGUCCAACCGGAGACAGAUUAACAACCGCUCCCGGUCUCUGGACAGCGUCCAUAGGAAGGGUUUUGAUGAAGAGGACGGAGACAGAACUGAGGAAACAAAGACUGAGAAGAUUCAGGACGGAGAUCUGGUGUUAGGAAAGGCCCGAUGUGUUGAAGAAGAGUCGACCUUUGAAAGCAGAACCGAACCCUCAAACCGAGACAUCCUUAUGCUGGAAAUGGAGCGCUCCUUUGACCAUGAAAUCUGCAAAUGUAUCCAAAGUUAUGUGGGAGGAAGUCAGGUGUCUGUUAGCAUAGCUUCAACUGAUGAAGUUGACAAAUCCUCAACAGGUUCGAUCCUCACAACCGUUCAGCAGAAACAAAAACAACCCGUGAUGGGGUACCCAUCUUCAGACCGGGAAUUUGCUCCAAACCAUUCGUCUGUUGUCGAUCGUGUUCCCCGGCCGAAAAAGAACGAUGAGAACAAGUACCAGGAUGUAAGAUGUUCAGAACAGGAAGGAGAACCUUAUAGAGAAGAGUUUGGUUCAGAAGAGUGUAAAAUAAAAGAGUUCUGUACUCCGACAUCUGUGGACCGGUGCAGAGAAAAUGAAUGGGCUGAGACUGGAGGUGACCGACCACAUUUAGAAGAUACUGAAGUUCUCACAGAUCUUAUAGCAGGAGAAGAGUUGGGAUUAACUUCUCUAAGUCCUGUUCACAAAAGACAACAUUCAGGGAGUUUGGGAAGUACCCCCAACAAACAAAAAGCCCUUAAGGGGGAUUUAAUGUGCUCUGGUGUGUCCAUAGAUCAAGGAUUUGAAAGUCACCUUUCAGAUCUUGAUGCGUUUCCACCAGCAGAGGAGGCGAACGCUGGCCGGAAGUCUGGUACACCUGAGAAACCAGAAGACAGGGGGGUUAAUGAAGAAGUUAAAGAAGCUCAAGACAAGUCCUCUGAGAGUCCGAAGUCUUCCUCCCAGAUAUGGAGGGACUGGAGCUGUCUGGAGAACAUGAUCCACAGCAUGCUGAGCUCUUUCCUUGAGCAAAAUCCCGGCUUUGCAGCUGAAAUCUCCAGGAUUUUCCCAGAAGUCCCAGAGUCUCUCGACAGGUGGAUUUCAGAUUUUGAAGAGACAGUGAAGAUCAUCGCGGAAAACUUGUCAGAGCAGCUCGAGGUGAUGGAGCAAGAACCAACCGGAGAAAGUGAAACAAAAGAAGGUGCUGCUGGACUCGCAAGGGUUUUGAAAGACUGCGGAGGGUUGGAGGGUCCUCCUGAAGCUCCUGAUGUCUCUGUGGACUCAAAGAAGGUCUGUAAAGAUGACCAGGAACAUCCUGACCAAGAUUCCCCUCGGAACACUUCAGGAAGUAAAGUCAGCGCUUCUUCUUUCACACCGGACGUCUCAGAGUCCUGUCCAGACGUCACACCUCUGAGGAUCUCUGUGGUCCACGCUGAGGAGGUGAAGCACAGCUGGUCCGAGGAGUCCGUCUUCAUCGAGUUGUUCUUCAGCGAACCGGAGGAAGUCGUGGAGGCUAAGAAGCCCAAGGCGUUCUCCUCUGGAUCUGUGAACUCCUUCAGGAGGUUCUUAGAGAUCACAGCUGAGGAGAUCAAAGUGAUGGUGCUGCCGGAGCUGCUGCUGAUGAGCCUGCAGGACGGGAGGGUAGAGGAACUGAACAAGAUGAUAAACACAGAGUCCGAGGAGGACCAGGAGGAUCAGGAGAACCAGGAGAAUCAGGAGGAUCAGGAGAACCAGGAGAACCAGGAGGACCAGAAGAACCAGGAGGAUCAGGAGGAUCAGGAGGACCAGGAGGACCAGAAGGACCAGAAGAACCAGGGGGACCAGGAGAACCAGGGGGACGGAGGCCUGGACAGCUGUGAGGAGGUGGACGAGGAGAGGAUGAUGAUGAUGAGGAUGUUGUAG